UGUUUUCCAAUUUAUUUGUGUUCGUAAACACGAACUUUCAAUUCAAAAUUUCAUUUUUUUUAUUUUCAUCCAGAUCCAUUAUUUUUAUCAUUACGAUGUUUAUUUUUAUAUUGCACAUCCGAUAGAUUGACAGAUCUUUGACAGGUAAAAUUGAAAUAAUGAGAAAAUUUCAAACAUGCAAUAACUUGAGAUUGGUAGUUAAUGUCGUCAUUUAUUAUUAGUAAAUAAUAUGGCUAGUCACCAAAAUUUCGACGAAGAAUAUUUCCAAAACGAAAACCAGGAGGUAUUCUUACAAGCAGCCAGAAAUGGGGAUAUUAGUUUAGUAAAUGAAUUUCUGCAUCGAUUGGCCAAAAAUACAAUCAAAUUUGACAUAAAUUGUAAAGGGAAAAAUAAAAGCAACUAUGGCUGGACUGCCUUGCAUUUGGCAAGUUAUUUUGGACAUAAAGCAGUAGUCGAAGCUUUAUUAAAUUAUGGGGCUGAUGUUAAUGUUGUCAAUGAGUCAGGAGAUACCCCACUUCAUAAAGCUGCCUUUAUUAGAAGAGAGGACUUAGUAUUAUUACUGCUACAACAUAAUGCAAAUGUAAAUUUGAUAAAUGGCGAGGGAAAGAUACCUAGAGAAAUGACUGAGUGUACGAAAGCUGGAAAUCAAAGCCAAGAGAGUUCUGGUGUGAGGAUUGUUGAGCUAUUGUUAGGAGCUGAAAUGACCGAGUCCAGAUUAAAAGAAGAAAAAUUGAUUGGCUCUGCUAGGAAUGGGGAUCUUAUGACUUUGAAUGAUUUGCUUCAUGAUCAUCUACCUCCAAAUAUAAAUUGCACCGACUCCGUUGGAAAUACCUGUCUGCACUGUGCCUCAUAUCGUGGUCAUAAAGAAGUAGCUGUAUUAUUAUUACAGAAUGGCAUUGAUCCAUCCAUUAAAAACAAAGCAGGUUUUACAGCCUUGGACUUAGCUAGAGAACCUCAAAUGCAAGCAAUUUUAUCUGUCAAACCGAUUCGACAACUACAAAGAAAUGCUAAUCGAUUUGAAGGGCAAUUACUAAAACGAUCCAGAUUUUUAGGGUGGAAACCAGUGUGGGCUGUUUUAGAACGGGGGGUUUUGUCAUAUUUUCCAAGUCAUCUAGAUGCAAGUAGUGGAACUCGCAAAAAUGAUAGUAAAUAUUUAGAUAGUGCCCACGUAUUACCAACUCCCGAUGAUGCUUGUGGAUUCAUUAUUCAUUUUGGUGAUGGGACCAAUCACCGACUUAGUGUGGCUUCUAUAAAUGCUGCUGAUAUGGCAGUGAUAAGACAAAAAUGGAUUACUGCAAUAUCGGAGCACGCUGCUUUUAGUGCACACUAUCUUUGGGGUCCAGCUGGCAUUGGUAAUACAGGGAUCACUGAUGAUGAUACUUUUAAUUAUGAUGAAGGACCAGAGGCACUCAAGCCUCUUGGAUCUAUGGAAGAUGCAUUAAAAGCUGCUAGCGCAUCUCAUAAGAUUUUGGAACAACAAUUGCAUGAGUGUGCAGCUAUUGUUGACGCGUUACAGAAAAGCCUUGUGAAUACAGAUAGCUUACCUACUUCAGCGUUAAUGAGGUUUCACCAUGUCUCUGAGACUGCAAACAAUAUGCUGUCGUCGUUGUCUCAUUGCGUUACAUUAUUUCGCCAACAAGAAGAAGUGCGAAUGCUUCAGCUGCGGCAAGAAAAAGAAAAGUGCCGAGUCCUUGAGGAGGCGCUUAAUGUGCUGGCGAAGCAGCACCACGAUCUCGAGCAAUCGGUCGCCACACACCUGAGCAGGGUGGACAAGACACGUACGAUGUCUCGAUCACGACAUUCCUUCUUCGAUGCUUCGGACGACGAAUUUUAUGAUGCAUUUGAAGCCGAUUCCGACAGUGAUACGUUGGUGACGGCACAUUCUCCUCACGCUGCUUCUGUCGCAGUGCAGGAAAUUCCUUAUGAUGAAGUCGACCUAAAACAGGAUGAACCAGACUACGACGACAACACACUGUCAGAAGAUAUGCCGACAUUGGUAAGCGUGACUUCGUGCGAUACCCUGUAUUCACCCGACGGGGAUCGCUACAGGUGCGCUCGCAUCUUGCGCAAACACAGAACCCAGUUGCCGGUGCCCAUGUUCAGUCGCAAUGACUUCAGCGUGUGGUCCGUGCUGAAGAACUGCAUCGGCAAGGAGUUGAGCAAGAUCACGAUGCCGGUGGUGUUCAAUGAGCCCCUGAGCUUCUUGCAACGGAUGGUCGAGUAUCUGGAGUACGCCCAUCUGUUGCGACUCGCUUCCGAACAACAGGACCCCGUCAAACGCAUGCAAUUUAUAGCCGGUUUUGCUGUGUCUGCGUUGGCUUCAAAUUGGGAAAGGCUCGGCAAACCGUUCAACCCUUUACUUGGCGAGACAUAUGAACUGGUGCGACCAGAGUUCCGUAUCAUAUGCGAACAGGUGUCGCACCACCCUCCAGUGUCCGCUUUCCAUGCAGACGCCCCCGAUUUCAUAUUUCACGGAUCCAUUCAUCCUAAACUGAAAUUCUGGGGAAAGAGCGUCGAAAUCCAACCGAAAGGACAGGUGACCGUAGAGUUACCUCGUUGGGGUGAGGCCUACACGUGGACCAAUGUGAACUGUUGCGUUCACAACAUUAUUGUGGGUAAACUCUGGAUGGAACAGUAUGGAAGUAUGGAAGUGGUCAAUCAUAGUACUGGGCAUCGAGCAUUGCUCACCUUCAAACCCGCCGGCUGGACUUCUAAGGAUCUUCAUCGCGUCGAAGGAUUCAUUGUCGACAAAAACAAAAAGCGUCUUCACUUUUUGUACGGAAAGUGGACGGAGUUUAUCAAAUGCACUGACAUCAAUUCCUAUGAGGAGUACAUGAAAGAGAAUGUGCACAAGUUCCGUCGCGAAGGAUCUGUGCAGCCAGGCGGCGAACGCAGCAAAAGUCCUGGCGACUCGCCAGCUCAUACGCCACGCAAGGUUUUCGCCAAGCUCAAUAGCCUUAAAGUCGGCCCUUUCAAAUCCAUGUCCAUGUCCGAGGUUGAUGAUGCUCCUCCUGAUUGUCCCGAGGAUGGCGAUGUGCCAAAAUGCGAUUCCACGUACUCUAUAGACAUUCCACAUUCAUUCACAAUUUGGGAAGCUGAACCCAGACCUGCUAAUAGUGCUGAAUAUUAUCAGUUCACCUUAUUUGCGAUGUCGUUGAAUGAGCUUGAGCCAGGAAUGGCUGACACAUUAUGCCCAACGGACUCUAGACUACGUCCAGAUAUACGGAAGUUGGAGUCUGGUGAUAUCGACGGUGCAGCUUUGGAAAAAACGCGUCUCGAAGAAAAACAACGCGAUGCACGCAAAGGACGUAAAGGAAAGAAAGCUCCAGAAUGGCAACCAAGGUGGUUUUGCCAAGGCCCUAAUCCACAUACUAAAGCCGAGGAUUGGCUUUACAGUGGUGGAUACUGGGACAGGAACUUCGGUGAUCAUCCCAACGAAGAUAUUUUUUAAGUCAUUAUGUUCAGGGACCUGAAAUUGACGAAAUCGAUAUUUGCCCUAAACCAGUAACUGAAUGUCUUCUUAAGCCUAUACA